UGUGAUUGGCCGGUUUUCCUUCACUUCCUGUAGUUUUGACACAACAGCAGCAGGCUAGCAGUUCUUAGCACUUAGCAGACAUUUCACUUGUCAAUUCGCCGUAGUAUUCAACUUGCGAUGUCCGAAAACAUGUCAGCAGAGGUGGAGCGAUCAGAAAGAUCAGAUGGCAAGCUUGUGAAGAUGGAGAUUGACUACAGUUCAACUGUAGAUACACGUCUACCGGAGUGUGCCAAAAUGGCAAAAGAAGGUAGGCUGCAGGAGGCCGUUGAAAGCCUCUUGUCGCUGGAGAAGCAAACAAGAACGGCUUCUGACAUGGUGUCAACCUCCAGAAUCCUGGUGGCCGUUGUGCAGAUGUGCUAUGAAGCGAAGGACAUGGAUGCCCUGAAUGAAAACAUUAUGCUGCUCUCUAAAAGGAGGAGUCAGCUCAAAGGGGCUGUUGCUAAGAUGGUGCAAGAAUGUUACAAGUAUGUAGAUACCGUGACCGACCUGACCGUUAAGCUGAGACUCAUUGACACACUACGCACAGUGACCGCUGGAAAGAUCUAUGUGGAGAUUGAGCGAGCCAGGCUGACAAAAACAUUGGCAAACAUCAAGGAGCAGCAUGGCGAGGUCAAAGAGGCCGCAGCAAUCCUCCAAGAGCUGCAGGUGGAGACAUACGGCUCCAUGGAGAAGAAAGAGAAGGUGGAGUUCAUCCUGGAGCAAAUGAGACUGUGCAUCGCUGUCAAGGACUACAUCCGCACCCAGAUCAUCAGCAAGAAGAUCAACACCAAGUUCUUUACAGAGGAUGGCACCGAGGAGUCUAAGCUGAAGUAUUACAAUCUGAUGAUCCAAGUAGACCAGCACGAGGGAUCCUACUUGUCCAUCUGCAAACACUACCGUGCCAUCUAUGAUACCCCCUGCAUUCUGGAGGAUAGCUCCAAAUGGCAACAGGCCCUGAAAAGUGUUGUUCUGUACGUGAUACUGGCUCCCUACGACAACGAGCAGUCAGACCUGGUGCACAGAAUCAACGAAGACAAGAAAUUGGAAGAAAUACCCAAAUACAAGGACCUCCUGAAGCAGUUCACCACCAUGGAGCUGAUGCGUUGGGCCUCCCUGGUGGAGGAUUAUGGGAAGGAGCUGAGGGAGGGCUCCCCCGACAGCCCGGCCACCGACGUAUUCAACUGCUCAGAGGAGGGCGAGAAGAGGUGGAAGGACCUCAAGAAUAGAGUGGUGGAGCACAAUAUAAGAAUUAUGGCCAAAUAUUACACAAGAAUCACAAUGAAGAGGAUGGCUGGCCUCCUGGACCUCUCCAUUGAUGAGUCUGAGGAGUUCCUCUCCAACCUGGUGGUGAACAAGACCAUCUACGCCAAGGUGGACAGGCUAGCCGGCAUCAUCAACUUCCAGAGGCCGAAGGACCCCAACGACCUGCUCAACGAUUGGUCCCACAAACUGAACUCCCUCAUGUCCCUGGUCAACAAAACCACACAUCUCAUCGCCAAAGAGGAGAUGAUACACAAUCUGCAGUGAUGAGGGCCGAGUGCAUUGUUUUCAUAAAAAAAUGUAAUGUUCUUCUGAAUUUAUAUUGAUGAAUGAACCGUUAUUCCAAUGUCAACUACUCCAAUUUUUUGGAAUAACAAGUACCACAUCCCUUUCUGUUUCUUACAGUCAGCAAAGUUGAAGCAUUUACAAUAAACAAGUCUUACGUUGUUAUUAUCUCUUGUCCCACUGAUAUAAUGCAAAUUACAUUGUUUAGAGUGGUCUCCCAAGUUUAUCUACUACAAUCUGGGCAUGUACUUUGUUCUAGAACCUAGACCACAGAGGGGCAUACACUGUUAAUGUUUUCUCUCCUGUUCCAACUCUCUUUUUCAUGUAACCGUCAUAAGGGAUUUAGUGUUAGAGCAUUUGCGUGCAACUUGCUGUAUUAAAACAUUUACUGUAA